AUGAAUUAAUUAAUUUAUUUAUUUUUUACUUUUUAAUAAUUAAAUUUUUAAAUAAAAAGUCAUAAUUACAUUAAAGAUUAAGGUGCAUAAGAAUUAAGUUCCGUAAUAUUAAAUUGGGUUAAUCUCUCUAUUUUGACACUUAAUUUAAAUAAUAAUAAAAUAAGCGAAAAGGGAAUAUCAGAGUUAGCUUCUGCAUUAGGAAAAUGUGUUAGUCUCUCAAAUUUGUUCUUGAAUAUAGCGGGUAAUAAUAAAAGAAGUGUCAACUUUAUGUUUAACCUUGGUUCUAAUUUAACAAAGUGCAAAAAUCUAUCAAGUUUGAAUCUCUAACUCUAUAGCACCGAAUUUGGCAAUGAUAAUAUAUCAGAGUUAGUUUCUGGUUUAAUAAAUUGUAAAAAUCUCUUAGAUUUGGAACUGAAUCUUGGGUAAAAAAACUUUAUGUCUUAUUAUUUAUUGUAAUGCUUGUCGAAAUAAUAAAAAGAGGUCAAAAAAUUUAAGCCUAGGGUGCAUCAUACAUAGGUUCUGCUUUGGCAAAAUGCACUAAUCUCUCAACUUUAUCACUUUAACUUAGUUACAAUAAUAUUGGUAUUACUGGUUUUAAAAAUUUAACUUCUGGUUUAGUUAACUGUUCUAAUCUCUCAAGUUUAACUCUCGACCUCAAGUAUAAUAAAAUUGAUGACUAGAGUGUAUUAUAUUUAGGUUAAGCUAUAGUAAAAUGUACUAAAAUUUUUAAUUUGA